AUUUUGUUACCAUGGGAAUGUUCAAAUAGAGCCUGCGCAAAAUACAGUAAAAUGGCGACUGCUGUUUUGUUGAUUCUCUUUGUCGACGGGCAGCUAGCACGAUGGUGAACAUCCCCAAGACGCGGAGGACUCAUUGUCCUGCCGCGAAAUGCAAGAAGCACACGCUUCAUAAGGUCACCCAGUACAAGAAGGGAAAGGAUUCCCUCUUUGCUCAGGGUAAGCGUCGUUAUGACCGAAAGCAGCGUGGAUUCGGUGGACAGACUAAGCCAGUCUUCCACAAGAAGGCUAAGACCACCAAGAAGAUUGUGCUGAAGUUGGAAUGCACCGUGUGCAAGCAGCGCCGUCAGCUUCCCAUCAAGCGUUGCAAGCAUUUCGAGCUUGGAGGUGACAAGAAGAGAAAGGGCCAGAUGAUCCAGUUCUAAAUGUUCCGUCAAAUACAGACUUUGAAAGACAA